AAAGUGAGGUAGAAAUUGGCAGAUGGCAUAGCUCUUUGAGGCACAGCGGUCCACUCCAGGAUUCUAUUCACUCCAGCCAGUCUUCAUCACUCAGGUUUCUGAAGCAGCCAUGGCAAGAGUACCUGAACCCACCAGUGAAGUGAUGUCUUAUGGCUACAGUGACAAUGAGAAUGACCUUUUCUUUGAGGCUGAUGGUCCUGGAAAGAUGAAGUGCUGCUUCCAAGACCUGAACAACAGCUAUCUGGAAGAGGAGGGCAUCCAGCUUCAAAUCUCCCACCAGCUUCAUAACAAGAGUCUGAGCCAUUUUGUGUCAGUCAUUGUGGCUUUGGAGAAGCUGAAGAAGAUAUCUGUACCCUGCUCACUGCCCCUCCAGGGUGAUGACCUGAUGAAUGUUUUUCACUGCAUCUUUGAAGAAGAACCCAUCAUCUUGGAAAAGUGUGAUGAUAACGCCUUUGUUCAUGAUGCACCCCCACGAUCCCUGGACUGCAAAUUCCAGGACAUAAACCAAAAAUCCCUGGUGCUGUAUAACUCGUAUGAGCUUCGGGCGCUCCACCUCAACGGAACUAGUGUGAACCAACAAGCGGUGUUCCGCAUGACCUUCGUGCAAGAAGAUGAAGAUAUUACCAAGAUACCUGUGGCCUUGUGCAUCAAGGAAAAGAAUCUGUACCUGUCCUGUGUGAUGAAAGAUGGGAAGCCCACCUUGCAGCUGGAGAUGUUAGACCCCAAAGUUUACCCAAAGAAGAGGAUGGAAAAGCGAUUUGUCUUCAACAAGACAGAAAUCAAGAAAAAGGUGGAAUUUGAGUCUUCUCAGUUUCCCAACUGGUACAUCAGCACCUCUCAGGCAGAAGCAAUGCCUGUCUUCCUGGGAAAUAACAGAGGUGGUCACGACAUAACUGACUUCACCAUGGAACUCUCUUCCUAGAGACCUGUACCCAGAGAGUCCACAAGUGCUGAGUAACUCUUAGUGCUGGUGGAAAGGGAAUAGAAGGGUUUAAACGUGACCUCAAGCUGAACUUCACUCUCUAAUCAGUGCACAGCUGCCUUCCCUGAAUCACUGCUAAUAAGAUCUCCUGCCUACCAACCAGGUGGAAUAGCCUGCUCUUCUCAGGGCCAAUCCUCAACCCCCCUCUGCUGAGUCAGGUCCCUCUCAUCAUUUCUGCUCACUCGAAGCCAGCCUGGCAGAGGCCAUUAUGUGUUAGGUGCCAAGAAACCCUCUGUCCUUUAAGCCCAGCUUCUGAUGAACAACCACUUAACUAUUUAUUUAUUUAUUUAUUUAUUUAUUGUUAGGUUAUUCUAUUUAAGUCAAGAGGGACAAGAAGCAUCAGUGUCUGUGAAAGAGCCACUCUUCAAGAGCUAUGAAAUGAAUUUAAUUUGCUCUAAUGUGCCAUCUUUCUAUCAAGUCCUUUCACCAAGGCUGAAAAACAUAUAAGCUCAGAUUGUUUGAACAGGAAUAUUUAUGAAUGAUUAAGUAUAAUCACACUGCUUCAAUGAUUCUGAAAUAAACUUCACUGAAAAAAAACUUUUCUUGCCCAUGUGGUAAUUGCCUUUUCUUGAAUCUGACACAGAAGAGUAAAGAUAAAUGGGGCCAUGAGAAUUCGCCUUGGGAAACUGGAAGCCCACUCCUCAUCACUGAGCAUGGCAAAAUAUCUAGGAACAUCACUAACCAGCAAAGACAAACCUACCUAUCCCACCCCUUCAUUUCUGUUUCUCCUCAAAAGGAUAUUUGGUCCACAAAUUUCAUCUGAAAAAUGGGAUCAGCCAAAGUAAGGCAGGAAGUGUUGGGAGUAACCACUGUCAGCAAUUUCUCUACUCAUUUAUUCAACAAAUGUUUAUUAAGUAAAUCCUAUGUACUAGGAGCUGGGAGUACAGAAACAAGAUAGGUAAGGCAUUCCUAGUUAGAUAGGAGAGGCAGAUAGAUAGAAGUAAAAAUAAGGCAACGUGACAAACAGAGGUAAGUUAAAGCAUGAAAGAAGCAGCCAGGAGGACAACAUCUACUGUGAAGGACAGAUGGUCAAGGAGGACAGCAUGAGUCAGACUGGAAAGAAUGAGCAGGAAUGGGGCACCUGGGUGGCUCAGUGGGUUAAAGCCUCUGCCUUCGGCUCAAGUCAUGAUCCCAGGGUCCUGAGAUCAAGCCCCGCAUGGGACUCUCUGCUCGGCAGGGAACCUCCUUCCUCCUAUCUCUCUGCCUGCUUCUCUGCCUACUUGCGAUCUCUGUCUGUCAAAAAAAUAAAUAAAAUCUUUAAAAAAAAAAAAAAAAAAAAGAAUGAGCAGGAGUUCCGCACAAAG